CAGCUGCGCCCAGCGGUUUCGACUCCUCCCUCUCCCGGCGCCUCAGUCCCACCAUGGUGCUGGAGUCGGUGGUCGCGGACCUCCUGAACCGCUUCCUGGGGGACUAUGUGGAGAACCUGAACAAGUCCCAGCUGAAGCUGGGGAUCUGGGGCGGUAAUGUGGCUUUAGAUAACCUACAGAUAAAAGAAAAUGCUCUGAGUGAGUUGGAUGUUCCUUUUAAAGUCAAAGCUGGCCAAAUUGAUAAAUUAACUUUGAAGAUUCCUUGGAAGAACCUUUAUGGAGAAGCAGUUAUUGCGACCCUAGAGGGACUAUACCUGCUCGUUGUCCCUGGAGCAAGUAUUAAAUAUGAUGCUGAAAAAGAAGAAAAAUCCUUGCAAGAUACUAAACAGAAAGAGCUAUCCCGAAUUGAAGAAGCCCUCCAAAAAGCAGCGGAGAAAGGCGCACAUUCAGGGGAGUUCAUAUAUGGCUUGGAAAGCUUUGUUUACAAGGACAUCAAGCCUGGACGUAAACGUAAAAAGCACAAAAAACAUUUUAAGAAACCUUUUAAAGGUCUUGAUCGCUCAAAAGAUAAGCCAAAAGAAGCCAAAAAGGAUACGUUUUUGGAAAAGUUGGCAACCCAAGUAAUUAAAAAUGUGCAAGUAAAAAUCACAGAUAUUCACAUUAAAUAUGAAGAUGAUGUCACUGAUCCACAGCAGCCUCUUUCAUUUGGUGUCACACUGGGAGAACUUAGUCUGUUGACUGCAAAUGAACACUGGACUCCAUGCAUAUUAAAUGAAGCAGAAAAAAUUAUAUACAAGCUUAUACGACUUGAUAGUCUUAGUGCCUACUGGAAUGUAAACUGCAACAUGUCUUACCAGGGAUCAAAGGAACAGAUCUUGGAUCAGCUGAAAAGUGAAAUUCUUACAAGUAACAAUAUACCUGCAAAUCAUCAAUAUAUUUUCCAGCCAAUAUCAGCUUCUGCAAAGCUCUACAUGAAUCCUUAUGCGGAAACAGAGCUCAAAACACCCAAACUUGAUUGGAACAUAGAAGUACAGAAUAUUGCCAUUGAAUUGACCAAACCUCAGUACUUAAGUAUGAUUGACCUUUUGGAAUCAGUGGAUUAUAUGGUUAGAAAUGCCCCUUACAGGAAAUAUAAGCCUUAUUUACCACUUCAUACCAAUGGUCGAAGAUGGUGGAAAUAUGCAAUUGAUUCUGUUCUUGAAGUUCAUAUAAGAAGGUAUACACAGAUGUGGUCAUGGAGUAACAUAAAAAAACACAGGGAGUUGCUCAAGUGUUAUAAAAGUGCCUACAAAAGCAAGCUAACCCUGACUAAAGUCCCAGAAGAAAUACAGAAACAAAUUCAGGAUUUGGAGAAGACUCUAGAUGUUUUUAACAUAAUUUUAGCAAGGCAACAAGCACAAGUUGAGGUGAUUCGAUCUGGGCAAAAAUUAAGGAAAAAGUCUACUGACACAGGCGAGAAACGUGGAGGCUGGUUUAGUGGGUUUUGGGGUAAGAAGGAGUCUAAGAAAAAAGAUGAAGAAUCUUUGAUUCCUGAAACUAUUGAUGACAUUAUGACUCCAGAGGAAAAAGAUAAGCUCUUCACUGCUAUUGGUUAUAGUGAGAGCACCCACAACUUAGCUUUACCCAAGCAGUAUGUUGCCCAUAUAAUGACACUGAGACUAGUCAGCACGUCUGUCACAUUAAGAGAAAACAAAAAUAUCCCAGAAGUACUGAAAAUUCAGAUAAUUGACCUGGGCACCCAAAUAUCUCAGCGACCAGGAGCACAAGCACUUAAGGUGGAAGCAAAAUUAGAACAUUGGUAUAUAACAGGUCUGAAACAGCAGGGUGUUGUACCGUCACUCGUGGCUUCCAUUGGUGAUACUACCUCAUCCUUGCUUAAAAUCGAGUUUGAAACCAAUCCAGAGAAUAGCACGGCUGACCAGACUCUGAUUGUUCAGUCUCAGCCUGUGGAGGUCAUCUACGAUGCUAAAACCAUCAAUGCAGUGGUUGAAUUCUUUCAAUCAAAUAAAGGAUUAGAUCUUGAACAAAUAACAUCAGCUACAUUAAUGAAGCUGGAAGAAAUUAAAGAGAGAACAACUACAGGACUUACACACAUUAUUGAAACUCGAAAAGUCCUUGAUUUAAGGAUAAAUCUGAAGCCUUCUUAUCUAAUACUUCCACAGACAGGUUUCCACCAUGAAAAGUCAGAUCUUCUCAUUUUAGACUUUGGUACAUUUCAGCUUAACAGUAAAGAUCAAGGUUUGCAGAAGACUAAUAAUUCAUCUCUGGAAGAAAUAAUGGAUAAAGCAUAUGACAAGUUUGAUGUUGAAAUAAAAAGUGUGCAGUUACUCUUUGUAAGAGCAGAGGAAGACUGGAAAAAGUGUCGAUUUCAGCAUCCAUCAACUAUGCAUAUAUUGCAACCCAUGGAUAUUCAUGUUGAGUUGGCCAAGGCAAUGGUAGAAAAAGACAUUAGAAUGGCCAGAUUGAAAGUAUCUGGAGGACUUCCAUUGGUGCAUGUGAGAAUUUCUGACCAGAAGAUGAAAAAUGUGCUAUGUUUGAUUAACAGUAUACCCUUGCCACAGAAAUCCUCUGCACAGUCUCCAGAGAGACAGGUAUCCUCAAUUCCUAUUAUUUCAGAUAGGACAAGGGACCUACUUGAUACUUCACUGUUGCUAGAUGGAGUAGAAUCAGAGUCUGAUGAUGAAUAUUUUGAUGCUGAAGAUGGAGAUACACAGACUGGUAAAAGUGUGAGAAGUUCAGUACUAAAAAAAGUUGCAGAGGCCCCAAAUGAGGAGCUCAUUAAUCUUUUACUAAAGUUUGAAAUUAAAGAGGUGGUUUUGGAAUUUACCGAACAACAGAAAGAAGAAGAUACAAUUCUGGUAUUUAAUGUUACUCAUUUAGGAACAGAGGCUACAAUGAGAACAUUUGAUAUAACUGUGGUAUCUUAUUUAAAGAAAAUCAGCUUGGAUUACCAUGAAAUUCAAGGAUCCAGAAAGAAGCCCCUUCACUUGAUUAGCUCUUCUGAUAAACCUGGAUUAGAUCUCUUAAAAGUAGAAUAUGUUAAGGCUGAUAAGAAUGGACCUAGUUUUCAAACCACAUUUGAAAAAACUGAACAAACACUUAAGGUGGCUUUUUCAUCUUUAAAUCUGUUGCUGCAAACACAAGCUCUUCUGUCUUCUAUUAAUUACCUGACAACCAUAAUUCCAUCCAAUGACCAAAGAAGUGAUUCCAAAGAAGUGCAAAUUUCAGAUGAGAAGCAACAAAAAAAUUCAGCUCUGCAGAAAGUGAUUGUAUCCUCUAAAGAUAGGGAUGUUAUUGACUUCAGGCUGUUUGCCAAAUUGAAUGCUUUCUGUGUCACUGUUUGCGAUGAGAAGAACAAUAUUGCUGAAAUCAAGAUUCAAGGUCUUGAUUCUUCUCUUUCUCUUCAGUCAAGAAAACAGUCACUAUUUGCCAGACUGGAAAAUAUUAUUGUCACAGAUGUUGAUCCUAAGACAGUCCAUAAAAAAGCUGUCUCAAUAAUGGGAAAUGAAGUUUUUCAUUUUAACUUGGAUUUGUAUCCAGAUGCUACUGAAGGAGAGUCCUAUACUGACAUGUCCAAAGUGGAUGGUGUGGUAUCACUGAGUGUUGGCUGUAUUCAGAUUGUCUAUCUUCAUAAAUUCCUCAUGUCACUUCUGAACUUCCUGAACAAUUUCCAGACAGCCAAAGAAGCUCUAAGUGCUGCCACUGCUCAGGCUGCAGAAAAGGCUGCCAUGAGUGUGAAAGAUCUUGCCCAGAGGAGUUUUCGUGUUUCUCUCAAUAUUGAUCUGAAAGCACCAGUUAUAGUCAUCCCACAGUCUUCCAUUUCCACUAAUGCAGUAGUGGUCGAUCUUGGGCUAAUCAGAGUUCAAAAUCAGUUUAGUCUGGUGUCUGGGGAAGACCAUUUAAACCCUCCAGUAAUUGAUAGAAUGGAUGUGCAGCUAACAAAGCUCAAGCUCUCUAGGACAGUGAUCCAGCCAGGCAUCUCCCAUUCUGAUAUUCAGCUCUUGCACCCAAUUAACUUGGAAUUUUCUGUAAAUCGGAAUCUAGCUGCAUCUUGGUAUCACAAAGUGCCUGUUGUAGAAAUUAAAGGACAUCUUGAGUCAAUGAAUGUUAAUCUCAAUCAAGAAGAUCUUAAUCUUUUAUUUAGAAUACUAGCAGAAAAUCUUGGCGAGGCUACUGAAGACUUGAAUAAAAUGAAACCAGGAGUACAAAAGACAGGUGAAAUUAAAGGGCCACUUGAAACCUCUACAGCAAAACAAGAUGUACAUGCUUCCCAAGGUACUUUAACAGCUGGAAUGGAAGAAAUGAGAUCUGCAGACAUCAUUAAUGUGCUGCUGAAUUUUGAAAUCAAAGAGGUUGUGAUUACUUUGAUGAAAAAAGCAGAAAAGGAAGGAAGGCCUUUAUAUGAACUUAAUGUCCUGCAGCUUGGGAUGAAAGCUAAAGUUAAACCCUAUGACCUGACUGCUAAAGCUUAUCUAAAAAAAAUUAGUAUGCGAUGCUUUGAGUUCCCUGGAGAGCCACUUCACAUUAUUAACUCUUCUAAUGUAACUGAGGAGCCCCUGCUGAAAAUGUCACUGACAAAGGCAGACAGCGAUGGACCAGAAUUUAAAACCAUUCAUGACAAUACCAAACAGAGACUGAAGGUUUCAUUUUCAUCCUUAGACUUAGUACUUCAUUUGGAAGCUUUACUGUCCUUCAUGGAUUUUUUAUCAUCUGCUGUUCCAUCCUCUGAACCUUCCUCUUCUGAGAAGGAAUCUCAGCUGAAACUACUUGCGGGGGAGUCCAGAAGUAUCGUUGUCAAAGCUGUAUCCAGCAGUACUUCUGAAGAUGAUGUGUUUGAUUUAAAGGUCAUAGCUGAAUUAAAUGCAUUUAAUAUCUUUGUCUGUGAUCAGAAGUGUAACAUUGCAGAUAUUAGAAUACGUGGAAUGGAUGCCUCUAUUUCUGUGAAGCCAAAGAAGACUGACAUGUUUGCCAGACUUAAGGAUAUAGUAAUUACGAAUGUUGAUUUGCUGUCCAUUCACAAAAAGGCUGUCUCUAUUUUGGGAGAUGAAGUCUUUAGGUUCCAAAUGACUCUUUAUCCAGAUGCUACAGAAGGAAAGGCCUAUGCUGAUAUGUCUAAAGUAGAUGGGAAACUUAGUCUCAAAGUGGGUUGUAUCCAGAUUGUUUAUGUUCAUAAAUUCUUCAUGUCUCUUUUGAACUUCCUCAACAAUUUCCAAACUGCCAAAGAAGCUUUGAGCUCAGCCACAGUCCAGGCUGCAGAAAGAGCUGCUUCCAGCAUGAAAGACUUGGCUCAAAAGAGUUUCCGCCUUUUGAUGGAUAUUAACUUGAAAGCACCAGUUAUUAUCAUUCCUCAGUCUUCAGUAUCGCCAAAUGCUGUUGUAGCAGAUCUGGGUUUAAUCAGAGUUGAGAACAAAUUUAGCUUAGUUCCUAUGGAACAUUAUUCUCUUCCUCCAGUCAUUGACAAGAUGAACAUUCAACUAACUCAGUUGAAGUUGUCCAGAACUAUUUUGCAGGCUGUCUUGCCACAACAUGACAUUGAAAUUUUAAAACCAGUCAACAUGCUUUUGUCCAUACAGCGAAAUUUAGCAGCAGCAUGGUAUGUGCAAAUUCCAGGGAUGGAGAUAAAAGGAAAACUAAAACCUAUGUUGGUUGCUCUCAGUGAAGACGACUUAACAGUUUUAAUGAAAAUUUUGCUGGAAAAUCUCGGAGAAGCUUCUUCACAGCCAAGCCCUACACAGUCUACCCAGGAGGCUGUAAGAGUAAGAAAAGAUGUUCUGGGUGGGCCGGACCACCUCAAAGAACAAGAUUUGCCAGACUCAAAACUUUCUAUGGACCAAAGUGUCGCUCUUCAAUUUGACUUUCACUUUGAAUCUCUUUCCAUUGUCCUUUAUAACAAUGAUACCAACCAGGAAUCCAAACUUUCAUUUCACAAUGACAGUUUCCGGCUUGGUGAACUCAGACUACAUCUUAUGGCCUCUGUAGGGAAGAUGUUUAAGGAUGGCUCAAUGAAUGUCAGCCUUAAACUUAAGACAUGCACUCUUGAUGAUCUCAGAGAAGGCAUUGAGAGAGCAACAUCAAGAAUGAUUGAUAAAAAGAAUGACCAAGAUGACAACAGUUCUAUGAUUGAUAUAAGUUACAAACAAAGUAAAACUGGAAGUCACAUUGAUGCUGUUCUUGACAAGCUAUACGUAUGUGCCAGUGUGGAGUUUUUGAUGACUGUGGCAGAUUUCUUUAUCAAAGCUGUGUCUCAGAAUCCAGAAAAUAUGGCAAAAGAAGCACAGAUUCCACUACGGCAGACAGCCACAGCAAAAAUCAAGAUGGAGAAAGAUGACUCUGUAAGACCAAACAUGACUUUAAAGGCCAAGAUCACAGAUCCAGAAGUGGUAUUUGUUGCCAGUCUGACGAAGGCUGAUGCUCCUGCUCUGACAGCCUCAUUCCAGUGUAACCUGUCUUUGUCAACAUCCAAACUUGAACAGAUGAUGGAAGCUUCUGUGAGAGAUCUUAAAGUCCUUGCUUGCCCUUUUCUCAGAGAAAAAAGAGGAAGAAACAUUACCACAGUCUUACAGCCCUGUUCUUUAUUUAUGGAAAAAUGUAUGUGGGCCUCAGGAAAACAAAAUAUAAGUAUUAUGGUUGAAGAAUUUAUAAUUAAGAUUUCGCCCAUAAUUCUCAAUACUGUGAUGACAAUCAUGGCUGCUAUGUCUCCAAAGACAAAAGAAGAUGAAUCCAAAGAUACAUCUAAGGAAACAGAAAACCUUUGGGGUGUCAAACCUAUUAGUGAUUAUAACUCUUGGUUUCUUGGUGUUGACAUGGCAAGAGAAAUAACAGAAAAUUUCAAAGACUUUCAACAUCCAUCAGUAGAGGAAAAUUGUGCUGUUGUUGUAGAGUCGGUUCAAGUUACCUUAGAAUGUGGCCUCGGGCAUCGAACUGUACCUUUAUUACUGGCAGAGUCUAAGUUUUCAGGAAAAAUUAAAAAUUGGACUUCCCUAAUGGCUGCUACUGCUGACAUGACAUUAGAGGUUCACUAUUACAAUGAGACCCAUGCUGUUUGGGAGCCACUGAUUGAGAGAGUGGAGGGGAAGAGACAAUGGAAUUUAAGGCUUGAUGUAAAGAAGAAUCCAGUCCAGGAUAGAAGUUUAAUGCCAGGAGAUGAUUUUAUUUUUCUUCCUGAGCCACAAACAGCAGUUUGUAUUUCUUCAGGAGAUACAAUGAAUAUAACAAUAUCCAAAAGUUGCCUUAAUGUUUUCAACAAUUUAGCCAAAGGUUUUUCAGAGGGCACUGCUUCUACUUUUGACUACUCUUUAAAAGAUAGGGCUCCUUUUACAGUAAAAAAUGCUGUAGGUGUUCCCAUUAAGGUGCAGCCCAAUCAUAAUCUUAGAGUAAUAGGCUCCCUUGAGAAACGUGGUGUUUAUGAUGUUGAUGCUGGUCAGAAUUUGGAGUUGGAAUAUGCUAGCAUGGAACCUUCACGUCAAGGAAAAUUAUCUAUAUUGAGCCGUCAAGAAAGCUCCUUCUUCACUCUAACCUUUGUACCUCAUGGGUAUACAGAAGUUGCAAAAGUUCCUGUUGCCAGAUCCGGAAGGCGAUUGUAUAAUGUACGGAAUCCCAAUGCCAGUCGUUCUGACUCAGUCUUGGUACAAAUUGAUGCAACUGAAGGGAGUAAAGUAAUUACCCUUCGCUCUCCUCUGCAGAUUAAAAACCAUUUCUCUAUUGCAUUCAUCAUCUAUAAAUCUGUUAAGAAUGUUAAGCUAUUGGAGCGCAUUGGAGUAGCCAGACCUGAAGAGGAGUUCCAUGUUCCUUUAGAUUCAUAUAGAUGUCAGUUGUUUAUUCAGCCAGCCGGUAUCUUAGAGAAUCAGUACAAAGAAUCCACCACUUAUAUUUCUUGGAAGGAAGAACUUCACAGGAGCAGGGAAGUCAGAUGCAUGCUGCAGUGUCCAUCAGUAGAAGUCAACUUCUUACCUCUCAUUGUCAGUACAGUUGCUCUGCCUGAUGAAUUAAGCUAUAUAUGUACCCAUGAGGAAGACUGGGAUCCGGCUUACAUUAUUCAUCUUUAUCCUACCCUCACUUUGCGGAACCUUCUCCCAUAUUCUCUAAGAUACUUACUCGAAGGAACAGCAGAAACUCAUGAGCUCACAGAAGGCAGUGCUGCUGAUGUUCUACAUUCAAAAAUCAGUGGAGAAAUAAUGGAGUUGGUUCUGAUGAAAUAUCAGGGCAGAAACUGGAAUGGACAUUUCCGUCUAUGUGAUACACUUCCCGAAUUCUUUCUUGUAUGUUUUUCCUCUGACUCCACAGAAAUGAUGUCAAUUGACUUGUCAGUACAUGUCAAACGAAUUGGCAGCCGGACGGUGCUAUCUAUCUUUAGUCCCUACUGGCUGAUCAACAAGACUUCUCGGGUUCUCCAGUAUCGUUCGGAAGACAUUCACGUGAAACAUCCAGCUGAUUUCAGGGAUAUUAUUUUAUUCUCUUUUAAGAAGAAGAACAUUUUUAGUAAAAAUAAGGUACAAUUAAAAAUUUCAACUAGUGCCUGGUCCAGUGGUUUUUCGUUGGAUACAGUGGGAAGUUAUGGGUGUGUGAAGUGUCCUGCCAACAAUAUGGAGUACCUGGUUGGUGUUAGCAUCAAAAUGAGUAGUUUUAAUCUUACACGAAUAGUUACUCUGACUCCCUUUUGUACCAUUGCAAACAAGUCAUCAUUAGAACUAGAAGUUGGCGAAAUUGCAUUUGAUGGCUCAAUGCCAACUAAUAAGUGGAACUAUAUUGCUUCUUCAGAGUGCCUUCCGUUUUGGCCUGAAAAUUUGUCAGGCAAACUUUGUGUGAGAGUGGUGGGCUGUGAAGGAUCCUCCAAACCAUUUUUUUAUAACCGACAGGAUAAUGGCACUUUAUUGAGCUUAGAAGAGCUGAAUGGGGGUAUCUUGGUGGAUGUAAACACUGCUGAACAUUCAACUGUCAUAACCUUUUCUGAUUACCACGAGGGAUCUGCACCUGCACUAGUGAUAAACCACACAUCACAGGAUGUUGUCAUGUACAAACAGAGUGGGUCACAGGAGGAAGUGUACUUGGUGCCAGGAGAAGCUCGACUUUUUGCCUGGGCAGAUCCUACUGGUACCAGAAAACUUACCUGGACAUACGCAGCAAAUACUGGAGAACACAGUCUGUUAAAGGAUGAAUGUGGCCAGUUUCCCUAUGAUGCAAAUACUCAGAUACACUGGGUAUCAUUCCUAGAUGGACGCCAGAGAGUGUUGCUUUUCACUGAUGAUGUUGCCUUGGUUUCCAAAGCACUUCAGGCAGAAGAAAUGGAGCAGGCUGAUUAUGAAAUAACCUUUUCUCUCCACAGUCUUGGGCUUUCCCUGGUUAAUAAUGAAAACAAGCAGGAAGUUUCAUAUAUUGGGAUAACCAGUUCUGGUGUUGUUUGGGAGAUGAAACCAAAACAGAAAUGGAAGCCUUUUAGUCAAAAGCAGAUAAUGUUGCUGGAGCAGUCCUAUAAAAAAUACCAAGUAUCAAAAGACCACGGAUGGAUUAAACUAGAUAAUAAUUUUGAGGUCAAUUUUGAUAAAGUUCCCAUGGAAAUGCGCCUCCCUGUUCAUUGCCCGAUAAAGCGAGAUUUUUUAUCAGGGAUUCAGAUUGAAUUUAAGCAGUCUCCUCACCAGAGAAGUUUAAGAGCCAGAUUGUACUGGCUUCAGGUUGAUAGUCAGUUACCAGGUACAGUGUUUCCUGUUGUAUUUCAUCCUGUGGCCCCUCCAAAAUCUAUUGCUUUGGAUUCAGAGCCCAAACCUUUCAUUGAUGUGAGUGUCAUCACAAGAUUUAAUGAAUACAGUAAAGUAUUACAGUUCAAGUAUUUUAUGGUCCUCAUUCAGGAAAUGGCCUUGAAAGUUGAUCAGGGGUUUCUAGGAGCUAUUAUUGCACUGUUUACCCCAACAACUGACCCUGAAGCUGAAAGAAAACGGACAAAGUUAAUCCAACAAGAUAUUGAUGCUCUAAAUACAGAAUUAAUGGAGACUUCGAUGACUGAUAUGUCAGUUCUUAGUUUCUUUGAACAUUUCCAUAUUUCCCCUGUUAAGUUGCAUUUGAGUCUCUCCUUGGGUAGUGGAGGUGAAGAGUCAGACAAAGAAAAACAGGAAAUGAUUGCAAUUCAUUCUGUCAAUCUGCUGUUGAAAAGCAUAGGUGCUACUCUGACUGAUGUGGAUGACCUAAUAUUCAAACUUGCUUAUUAUGAACUUCGGUAUCAGUUUUACAAGAGAGAUCAGCUCAUGUGGAGUGUUGUUAGACAUUACAGUGAACAGUUCUUGAAACAGAUGUAUGUCCUUGUGUUGGGCCUAGAUGUGCUUGGAAACCCAUUUGGAUUAAUUAGAGGUCUGUCUGAAGGAGUUGAAGCUUUGUUCUACGAACCCUUCCAGGGUGCUGUUCAAGGCCCUGAAGAAUUUGCUGAGGGGUUAGUGAUUGGAGUAAGAAGUCUCUUUGGACACACUGUAGGUGGUGCAGCAGGAGUUGUAUCUCGCAUCACCGGUUCUGUUGGAAAAGGUUUGGCAGCAAUUACAAUGGACAAGGAAUAUCAGCAAAAAAGAAGAGAAGAGAUGGGUCGACAGCCUAAAGAUUUUGGAGACAGCCUGGCCAGAGGAGGAAAGGGCUUCCUGCGUGGAGUUGUUGGAGGAGUGACUGGGAUAAUAACAAAACCUGUGGAAGGUGCCAAAAAGGAAGGAGCUGCUGGAUUCUUUAAAGGAAUUGGAAAGGGGCUUGUGGGCGCUGUGGCUCGUCCAACCGGUGGAAUCAUAGAUAUGGCCAGCAGCACCUUCCAAGGAAUUCAGAGAGCAGCAGAAUCAACCGAGGAAGUGUCCAGGCUCCGUCCCCCUCGUUUCAUCCAUGAGGAUGGCAUCAUUCGCCCAUAUGAAAGACAGGAAUCCGAGGGCUAUGAUUUAUUUGAGAAUCAUAUCAAAAAGUUAGAAGGAGAGACUUAUCGAUACCACUGUGCUAUUUCUGGAAGCAAGAAGACAAUCCUUAUGGUUACAAAUAGGCGAGUGUUGUGUAUAAAUGAAGUUGAAAUCCUCGGCCGUAUGUCCAUAGACUGGCAGUGUCCAUUUGAAGAUUUUGUACUUCCUCCCAGUGUCCAUGGAAACCUGCUAAAAAUUUCAGUCAAGGAGCAGGGUCUGUUCCACAAAAAAGACAGUGUCAGUCAUGGCUGUCGGAACAUUUACUUUCGGGACACCACCACAGCAGAGAAAGUAUAUAAUGCCAUUGAUGACGCACAGUCAAUGAGACACCAGCAAAAAUUGAUGAAGCAAUCUUCACUGAAACUUCUCAGGCCCCAAAUACCAUUUUAAUCACAGAUCCCAGGGGGCUGCUACUGGGAGAAAAACCAACCAAUCAGUCUUGUCUAUAAAUCACUCUUCUUUAUCUUGUUAAAGAGAAUUUUUCAAGCACUCCUUUAGUUUUAGAAUUUUUUUUCUAGGAUUGCAGGUAUUGGAUUUUCCAUGUUUUCCCCUUUAGGCUUGACUCUAAUUUUGUAACCAUCUGUAUGUCAGCAACUCACUUCUACACUGCCACCUAAAUGGGUCAGGCCCUCAAAGAAAUAUCACUUGAAACUCAGAGUGAAGUUUCCAUUAAUGUUAAAGUUAUGAAACAAAGGGCAAUGGACCUGUUUUUAAUUAAAGUUUUUGCUGAAGAAUAAGAAAAGAGCUAUAGAAGGUUUGGACAAACCUUUGGACAGGUGUUGGAUAUUUUAUUUAAAGGUAAUUUGUUCGGUAACUGAACUGAGAUCCUAUUUUUGGUAAAUCAGAUAACUGAAGAAAAGCCACUAAAGGGAGAGAUGACAUGUUUUCUAUUUUCUUUUCAUGAAAACAUUAUUUUUCUCCUAAUAAAAACAUGUUUUACUUUGCUGCUUAUUUUUCUUCCUUGCAUUAGAAUAUAAAAACAUAUGGAGAAUCAAAUCUGAAAGUAUCUGUGGUCUGUGCUCUGUAAUGUAGCCUUCAUAAAACUUCUGAAAUUAUUUACAUGCUCCUUUGAGAUGAACUUAAGUGGCACAAUUUUAACUUGCUGAUACAUGGAAAUAUUGUACUUUAUGUUUUUCAAGACUCAGAGAUAUGAAAAGCUCAAUAUUUUUAUAUUUCUAGAAAUUGUUUUUUUAUAAGUUGAAAGAUUUUUAAGCGCAUCAUAAACUAAUAAUCCUAUUGCAUACCUAGAAAUAUAUUUUAAAUACUUAUUAGGAAGAAUGAAAAAUCUCUAGUUAUUUUAUGUAUAAAUAAAAUAAGGCAUAUAUAACAACACUGUGGAAAAUACCUGGUAAGCAUGUCCUUUGAGGGAACAAACUUAUGAGAAUCAGUUCAAUGCAGCAUUAUUUUUGUCCUUUCCACAUCUCACUUAUGCUGAUCAGAGAUUUGUAAAAUGCUCAGAAGUAUAUACCUUGAACGAAUCUUUACAUUCACUCAUGAUUUUAACAUGACAUUUAUUUCAAAUCACUGAAUUAAUGAUGAAAUGAAGAUGUGGACAUACCUGGUUUGCUCUGUUUUUGUUGAUAGGUGGUCAGGCUUCUACUAUGUUUAUUGAUGUUUUUUAAGACCAACCUUAAAACUUUUUAAAUUUUUCCUAGUUAAUAAUUACUGUAGACUCCAAAAGGAGGAUAUAAAACUUAAUAACUGAUAUUUGAUCUAUGAUAUAGUUAUGGUGGGCUUUGCCUUUUCAACAUCAUUUAUUUUUCUGUGAAGGGACAUGUCAUAUAUAAAACUUCUAGCCUUAAACAGAAUUUCUGUAUCAUUCAUUAAUCGCAACUUAUUACAGGGAGUAUCAUAAACAGAAUUUCAUAGCAAAUGUGUUAGUUUUUUGUGUCUUUAAAGCUGACUUAAUCAGGAAUUUGAGGUAUCUGGUUAUAUAUUUCGUAGGAAUCACAGCUAUUGAUGAUGUUCUAAAUAUUUAGGAAACCAUAUUGUACUGAUGGCAUGUACAAAACAUUGAACUAAAAAUUUUUUAUAGAAAUAUAUAAAUUUCAUCAUCUCAGUUGGCUUAAAAAUAAACUUUCAAAUGUUUGUAACAUUUUAAUUUGAUUUAAUCCCCUGGGACAGAAAUAAUUCAUUGGUAAAGUAUAAUGUCUUUUGUGUUUUUAAAAAUGCUUUGAGAGUUAACUACUUGCUUAUGAACUACUGAGAGAAAUAAAAUAUUUGGUGCAUUGUU